UUGGUUUUACAGUGUGAAGCGUUUAGCGCGCGGAAUGAUGUCGUCUAUAUCGACCCAAAGAAGAGAGGGAACAUCGCUCGCUUUAUAUCGCAUGGAUGCUUUCCCAACCUCAUCAUGCUAAGAUAUGCCGAAAAUGAUUUACGACUGAGUCAUUCCCGGGCGGUUCUCUUUGCUUCGCAGCCCAUUAUUGGCGGCUCAGAACUGUUUUUUGACUACGGGAACCAAUAUCUGUCUCGAGCCGGAUUCGAUUGUCAGUGCGGCACAAUGUGGUGUGAUUCGGUUGGAAAGCAAUGGCGUUCUGCAUAUCCCACGGAGGAAGAGGUACAAACUUCAUUUGAGGCGUUGAUUAAUUCUUUUUGA